AUGUCAUCCGCAACUUACCAAAUCGAAAAGCCCGUCCGUAGUGACUUCGAGGAGUGGUCGAAAUUAUUCCACGACUACAUCGCUUUCUACAACUCGAAAAUCGAAGAGGAGCAAUAUGCGAGGACCUUUGACCGCAUCAUUGAGGGAAAGAACGGGCUGCGAGCCCUAGUCGUGAGACAGGUGCAUGGAGAUGUAAAGAAAUUGGUGGGAAUCGCCCAUUUCUUUCCUGAACAAACGCCUUGGAGCGAGAAGCAGAUUCUUCUAUUGAACGAUUUAUUCGUUGAUCCUUCUGUUCGCGGUGCUGGUCUAGGACGGAAACUGACACAAGCUGUGGCGGAUGUUGGAAAAGAGAUGGGCUGCUCGCGAGUCCAGUGGGUGACGAAGCAUGAUAAUACCACUGCUCGCAAGCUUUACGACACGUUGGCCGAGACCCAAUUUGUUCAGUAUAGAAUGAACUUGCAAUAG